AUCACAGUCACCUUGUGGACACUCAAACUUCAACCACUCGAACGUCCGACAUAUUCUUCGUGCAUUUCUUAAUUUCGUCUGUCGCAAGCGAUUCGUACAAAAGAAAACAUGGAUUCAAGUUCAUCUUCCCAGCAGCAGCAGCAGCCGUCUUUUUCUCCAAACCCCCUUGUACCUCAGGCAAUCCUCCUGUUAGCCCUUUUCAAUGAGCCCAUUUCCUCACGCAUCCUGCAAGCAAAUGCAUUCAUGAAGAUAUUCUACAGUCUCUUCCUUUUAUGCCACAGAAUCUUCACAAUCUCGCUCCUGUUAUAUGCAUCGACCAAGCUCUUCGUGUACGUGGUGUCAUCCCUCGCAUUCGCUGCAGGAUACGACGCAAAACAUCGUGAUGGACGUCAACCAGAUCGUUGGACAGCGCGCGAGAUGGCCGCCAGCCUUCACUGGAUGAUUGCAUUCGCUUUGUCCUCAGCUGCAUGGUCUCGUCCGAGCGGCUCAAGCUCCAUAUGGGGAACCUUGGAGGAGAUAAUCGCAGUGCUACCAUUCGCUCUCUGUGCGCCUCCAGUGACUAUUCAAAUGCUGUCAAUAUUGGCCUACGCCGUCCGUACAUAUCUCUGGUCUCGAGAUCGUGCUAAACAGAACAACAUUUCCCGUCCAUUGCCUUUCCCAACCUUCGAAUACGUUCUGACGACUGUGUUGUCGAUUGUCGCGAUCAUAAUGGCCGUCGCCGUAGCUCGCAUGGACUCCGUGUAUAAUCGAGAAGGACCAGGUUACUUUCGAAACCUCUGCGCCAUACUUUCCGUCAUACUGAAGGUUUUCGCCUGGUCUCAUUUUGAUCGCACAAUCGUCUGUCUGCUUUUUCCUUAUUCUCGGCUGGGCUCGUGGGCUGAAGGCGGGAGUUCGACGGGAACCAAGUGCUACAGCGAUCAAUUCGUCCGAGACGUCAGCACAUUAAAGAAAUAUCUUAUCUGCACAAAGCGUCACGGUUUUCCUUUCUUUCAACCAAAGCAAUACAUGACAAGCAUACUUUUCUUGAUGGCAACCAGACUUCAUUAUACGCCUUUAGCUUAAACGGCGCGCCCUUGCCACCUGUCAGCAUUUCCAAGUCCAAAGAUAUAGACUCCCUAGCUUCAAUUUGAUCGCACAAUCGUCUGUCUUCAUUUUCAUUAUUCUCGGCUGGGCUCGUGGGCUGAAGGCGGGAAUUCGACGGGAACCAAGCACUACAGCAAUCACCACGUCCGAGACGCUAGCACAUUAAAGACAUAUCUU